AUGCCCCAGAUUAUCAAGAACAUGGGGUACACCAGUAGCAACGCCCAACUCCUAACCAUUCCUCCGUACAUCGUUGGAGCCAUCUCCGCCUACGUUUCCUCGUCGCUUUCCGACAGGUUCAAGUGGAGGAUGCCUUUCAUUGUCUUUGCCCAAGUCUUGGUUCUGAUAUCGUUUGCCAUAUUGUUCUCUAAAGCGGAAAACAUCCAAGAGAACAUCCCGGCUUGCUACUUUGCGAUCUUCCUGGCCAGUAUUGGCUUCUACCCAAUCAACCCUGGCGGCAAUGCUUGGACCGUCAACAAUCUAGCAGGACCUACGAAACGCGCUCAGGGAAUUGCCUAUGUGAUCUGUCUAGGGAGUAUCGGUGGGAUUGUGGGCAGUUUCAUCUAUCGCGAGGACGAGAGCCCGAAAUACCCAACGGGGUUUGGUUCGUCAUUUGCAUUCGCUGGACUCGGUGUCGUCGCUUGCUUUGUGUUGGAGUUCCUAUUCUGGAACAUCAACCGCAAAAGAGACAAGUUUACUGAGGAGGAAGUCAGGGCCAAGUAUUCGGAUGAUGAGCUCCAAAUGAUGGGAGAUAGGUCGCCUCUUUUUAGGUACACCUUGUGA